AUGUCUGAGGCCAAGGACCUUAUUGCUAGAGCCGAGAAGAAAGCGCAGCCUGCUUCAGGGCUUAUGAAGUGGCUCACGGGCGGUGACAGUUACCGCCUGGAGGAGGCAUCGGAUUUGUAUGUGGAGGCAGCCAACCUGUACAGACUUUCGAAGGAGCUGAGCGCCGCAGGCGACACGUUCUGGAAGGCCGCAGAGUGCCAGGUGGAGGCGGGCAACGAGGACGAGGCAGGCAACACAUUUGUAGAAGCAUACAAGUGCUAUAAGGGGGCGAACCCCGAGCGCGCGUGCGAAGCGCUGGAGCGGGCCAUCGCGAUAUUCACACGCAAGGGCCAGUUUCGCCGCGGCGCGUACUUCAAGUUCGAGCUAGCUGAGGUCCAGGAGACCGACCUGCAGGAUUACGGCCGUGCGCGGGAAAAUUACGAGUUGGCAGGUGACUGGUACAUGCAGGACCAGGCGCUGGCGCUCUCCAACAAGGCAUACAUCAAGUGCGCGGACCUGAAUGCGCUGGACGAAAAGUACCUCGCUGCCGCUGAGCUCUAUCGCAAAAUCAUCUCCAACUCAGUGGGGAACCGUCUCUCCCAGUGGUCUCUGCGCGAUUACUACCUCAAACUGUGCCUCUGUUUUCUGGCUGCAUCCGACACCGUUGCGGCCGAGAAAACGCUGCAGGAGGCGUUACAGGAGGACAGUUCCUUCCACGGUUCCCGUGAGCACGAUCUGCUUGCUGCCAUUAUCGAGGAUGUCAAACAAGGCGACGUCGAAGCAUUCAGCAAUCACGUGUUCGAAUUCGACAAGUUCAGCAAGCUGGACAAGUGGAAGACCACCGUGCUGCUCCGCGUUAAGACCUCCAUCACGGAGGUCGAAGAUGAUUUGUUAUAA